UCCCCCCACUAGCGAGUGGCGACGACGACGACGGCAGGUCCCGCGCAGGCGAGGGUCGCGCGCCGGGCCCGCUCUGCAGUCCCCGGGACGCGCGCGGCUUCGGGCAGUGAAAUUGCUUAACCACAAGAUUAUCUCCAAGACCCAUUCCAUCUAAGAUUCCAGAAAUUCCUCUGCCUCCUGGGUUUGGAAGUGGCUGCUCUAUGCAUUCCUAGAGCUGAGAACCUUCACCACAGAGUAUGCUUUCAGAUCACAUCGAUGAAGCCCUAGAAUCCUGCUAGACCCGGUUGUGGAGGAGUCGCUGCAGCAGGGGCGCGCUCUGGCGAGUGGCUUCCCGGGCUCCAUGCAGGCAUGGAUCUGGAUAAGCCAUCUGUCUGGGGUUCAUUCAAACAGCGGACCAGGCCGUUGUUAAUCAACUUGAGCAAGAAGAAGGGGAAAAAGAACGCACAUAAGCCCCUGAACUUAAGGGAAGGGAACCACUUGGACCGCCGCCUCAGCCUCUCCGUGCCUGACCUCCUGGAGGCCGAGGCCUUGGCCCCGGAGGGUCGCCCCUAUUCUGGGCCGCAGUCGUCCUACACCUCGGUGCCCAGCAGCCUGUCCACUGCAGGGAUCGUUCCCAAGAGUAGCAGCAGCUCCUUGAAACAGUCUGAAGAAGAAUUGGAUUGGAGCCAGGAAGAAGCCAGCCACCUCCAUGUGGUGGAAACGGACUCAGAGGAGAUCUACGCCUCUCCCCCCGAGGAGAGGCGGGUGUCCAGCCACGGCAUCUUUGAUCUGCAGAAAACUCCCCUUGGGGGCGAGGCCCUGGAAGAGCCAGAGAAGCUAUGUGGCAGCGGUGAUCUGAAUGCUUCUAUGACAUCUCAACAUUUUGAAGAACAAUCAUCUCUUGGGGAAGCAGGUGAUGGCUUGAGUCACCUGCCCAGCUCUUUCGCCUACCUCCUCACCAUACACCUGAAGGAAGGCCGGAACCUGGUGGUGCGAGAUCGCUGCGGUACAAGUGAUCCCUAUGUGAAAUUUAAGCUGAAUGGGAAGACGCUAUACAAAAGUAAAGUCAUAUAUAAGAACUUGAACCCGGUGUGGGAUGAGAUAGUUGUGUUGCCAAUACAGAGCCUCGAUCAGAAGCUACAUGUGAAGGUAUAUGAUCGAGAUUUAACCACAUCUGAUUUCAUGGGUUCUGCCUUUCUCAUUCUCAGUGAUCUUGAGCUUAACAGAACGACUGAACAUAUUUUAAAAUUAGAAGAUCCAAACAGUUUAGAAGAUGACAUGGGAGUGAUUGUCUUAAAUUUGAACCUAGUAGUAAAACAGGGUGAUUUCAAGAGACAUCGUUGGUCAAAUCGGAAGCGGUUAAGUGCCAGCAAGUCCUCUUUGAUACGCAACCUACGGCUCUCAGAGUCCUUGAAAAAGAACCAACUCUGGAAUGGGAUUAUAAGUAUAACUUUGUUGGAAGGGAAGAAUGUCUCAGGAGGAAACAUGACAGAGAUAUUUGUCCAGUUAAAACUGGGGGAUCAAAGAUAUAAAAGUAAGACACUGUGUAAGAGUGCAAAUCCGCAGUGGCAGGAACAGUUUGACUUUCACUACUUCUCUGACAGGAUGGGCAUUUUGGACAUUGAAGUGUGGGGAAAGGACAGCAAAAAACGCGAGGAGCGACUGGGCACGUGUAAAGUGGAUAUCUCGGCACUCCCUCUGAAGCAAGCCAACUGCUUAGAGCUGCCGCUGGAGAGCUGUCCGGGGGCUCUCCUUAUGUUGGUCACACUUACGCCCUGUGCGGGAGUCUCCGUCUCUGAUCUGUGUGUGUGCCCCUUAGCAGACCCCAGCGAAAGAAAGCAGAUUUCCCAGCGAUAUUGCUUACAGAACUCCCUGAAAGAUAUGAAGGACGUCGGCAUUUUACAAGUGAAGGUUUUAAAGGCAGUUGAUCUCGUAGCGGCAGAUUUCUCAGGAAAGAGCGAUCCUUUUUGCUUGUUGGAGUUGGGCAACGACCGACUUCAGACACAUACCAUUUACAAGAACCUCAACCCUGAGUGGAACAAAGUUUUCACAUUUCCCAUUAAAGAUAUCCAUGAUGUUUUGGAAGUGACAGUGUUUGAUGAAGAUGGAGAUAAACCCCCUGAUUUUCUUGGAAAAGUUGCCAUUCCCUUGCUAUCCAUUAGAGAUGGGCAACCAAAUGGUUACGUAUUGAAGAAUAAAGAUUUAGAACAAGCUUUUAAAGGAGUUAUUUACUUAGAGAUGGACCUCAUAUAUAAUCCGGUCAAAGCAAGUAUUAGGACCUUUACUCCCAGAGAAAAGCGCUUUGUUGAAGACAGCCGCAAGCUGUCCAAAAAGAUCUUAUCAAGAGAUGUAGACCGAGUGAAAAGAAUCACUAUGGCAAUAUGGAAUACAAUACAGUUCCUUAAAAGCUGCUUCCAGUGGGAAUCCACAUUAAGAAGUACAAUAGCAUUCGUGGUGUUCUUGGUCACCGUCUGGAAUUUUGAACUAUACAUGAUCCCUCUGGCAUUAUUGCUGAUCUUUGUCUACAAUUUCAUCAGACCCACAAAAGGCAAAGUCAGCAUCGCCCAGGACAACCAGGAGAGCACAGACAUAGAUGACGAGGAGGAUGAGGAUGACAAGGAAUCCGAGAAAAAGGGGUUAAUUGAGAGAAUCUAUAUGGUGCAGGAUAUUGUUUCAACUGUUCAAAACAUCUUGGAGGAAAUAGCUUCUUUUGGAGAAAGAAUUAAAAACACAUUCAAUUGGACCGUCCCCUUCCUUUCAUCGCUGGCCUGUUUGAUUCUGGCAGCAGCCACUGUCACUCUGUAUUUCAUUCCGCUGCGGUACAUCAUUUUAAUCUGGGGAAUAAAUAAAUUUACUAAGAAGCUUCGAAAUCCCUAUUCCAUCGACAAUAAUGAGCUACUAGACUUCCUCUCCAGGGUACCGUCUGAUGUUCAAAAGGUGCAGUACGCGGAACUGAAGCUCUGCAGCAGCCACAGCCCCCUGCGGAAGAAGCGCAGCGCUCCCUAAGGCACACACCGGCUUUGGACACCACCACUCGAUAUUGUGUGGGGUUGAUUAGACCAGCGUUGCGGCUGUCUCGGUGGUACCUGCAGCGUCCUUCUGAAAUGUGUGCGGCGUGGCGCCCUCUUUCUUCUCCCCCCUUCACACACACAGAUGCACGCGGGCAUGUGCGCACAUCCCCACACGUGGUGUGUCCUACUUGCAUAGAGGGUCAGCCCAGCAAAAGGGAACAAUCCCGAGACUGUGAAAGACUAACAUCCAUUCUGACAUAGGAGGUAAAGCAAGGCUGCCAUGGGUCUGAACGCCCUCCUUGAGAACAGCCAGGAGACCACUUGGAUUCGAGAGCGACUUUGAACUUGUUUUCACACCUCCAACAGAUUCUCAUUAAGAUUCAGUCAGUUCCACUCCCCCCCCCCACUCCUUUCAGAUUAUUAUUCAUGUAAGUUUCUUCAGAGUUAACAAGUCUUUGAUGGCCAUCAUCUGUCUAAAUAAUGUAUAUUAUAAAAAGAUUUUUUAAUAAUUACCAGAAUUAUCUCAGAUCUUUAGGAGUGUUUCAGCUGUGAUUAUUAAGGAUGUGUCUGUACAUUUUUGAUCAAGCCCUCAAGUGCUGGAUACCAGCUUGUGUCAUGGUCCAUUGCUGGCAAUGGAUGCCCCAGGGAGGUCCCCAGGGAUCACUCACUCGAAGAGUGAGUGUUUCAUGAAAGUAUUUGGUUGCCUUAAAAUACUUUCUUCUGAUUUUACUUUUUGCUUAUUUCCAAAAUAUAAUGUCAACAUGUAGUUCCAGAAAGGUAAAGAAGAGGAUGAAUGAAUGAAUUCUGUAAGGAUUUAGAAAGCUAAAGACCAAGGGACUAAUAUGUGAGGCUGCUUACCCAAUUAUCAUAAUCAUUUCAUUUGCCUGAAUGUUUUGAGCAGAAAGUAAAAAUACUUCUGCUGUCCAAAUUUAUCUUUUGUUCCUCUUAGGAGCAAAAUAAGUGACAUACAAACAAAAUUUAUUCCAGAACCCCAUUCCUAGAAAAGUACCACCCCAAAGUCCUCCUUUGAUGGCACCUGUCUCCUGCAGACCCCACCAUUCCAAAGCAUUCCCCUGCCAAGUAAAAAUCUUGAUUUUGUACAGAUACAAAAUAUGUACAAAUAUCUCUCUGUUCCAAUGAUAUUUAAGUUUUAAAGACUGUAUUUUGUUGACAUAUACUUUGUGCAGUUUUUAUGUAUAUAUAUAUAUGUGUGUGUAUUGUAAAGGAAAGCUAAGGUAAAAAGAUCUGAUUUAAUAGUGAGUUUGCUAUUUUUUUUUUGUCUCUGGGUUGUAAUUUAAUAAUCUUCAAACAAAAUGUUUAUGAAAAAUGCCAAAGAUUCUAAACCUUAUCAUCCCGUGUCUGUUUUUCUUCAUGUUGUAUCUCACUGGGUUGCUUUCUGGCUGAGCCAGAUUUCUGCAUGAUUUGAUUUACUUCAAGUUAAUGAAGCUGACUGGAAAAGAGCCUUGCAGAAAUUAUAAAAGCUCCAGUAAAUCUCUUAGUUGUACAUACAAUAGAUACCCAAGAACCUCUUUUGUGAAACCAGUUACUCAAUCUUCUGUGUAAACAAUGCCUCAUUGUCUUGCUCCUAACUAUCAUCUAGUUUAUCAUAGUCUGUCAUUUUGUAACGACCUAAGUCAGACAUUUUUAAACAGACAUGUGAGAUCUGAUCAGUCAUUUGAAUGAAAACUUUCAGCAGCAAAAUAACCCCUUAUUUAUUUAAAAGUGGAACCAAUACUUUAUUGUUGUUCUUUUGCUAUAGAAUUUCAAAAUGAAAUAAUUUGCCUGACAAGGAGGCAUCAUUAGACAGACUUAUUUCCUCUGUAUCCCGACUGAAAUUUUCAGCAUUAAAUUUAGGACCCAAACACCAGUGUAAGAACAGGACCGAAUCAACCUUUAAUAAAUUGCAUAUGGAAAACAAUUGUUCAUUGAUUAAGUAGACAUCAGAUGUUAAAAAUGAAUGUUAGUUGUAAGUGACAUGUUAAGAUUUAUACAAGUAAUCAGAAAAUUUUAGGAAAGAUUCCAGAAUGCUUUGGAUAAAAUUUAUGGAUUAUGGACUCACAGUAUGAUAAUUAAAGAUAAUUAAGUAGGAAUGUUAAAGUCUUGCCAAGUUUUCCUGGCUCUCUUCUCCAACCUCAUAUGCCCAAUUCUAGCCCUGCCUGGAAAUCUUACAGGCAUCUACACCUCAGCAGAUGAGAAACUAAACAUCAUUUCUCUCUCCCUGUCUUCAGAACCCUGACCGCCAUAAACUCCUUCUAACUUCCUUAUUUCACUUAUUGACAUUGUCAUCUUCUGGCCUGGUAACCUCUCAGACAUCCUCUUUUUUGUUCCUCAUGCUUUUGUCCUUAUCUCCCAACCAUAAAAUCUAGUGCAUCCAGUGUUGACGUGUUAUCCACUUCGGUUCGGGUUGCCACCACCCACAUUGAGGCCUUCAUAACCUCUCAAAAGUCAUGGCCAUGGUGCCAGUUGCAGUAUGUGAAGUUAAUCCUCAUUCAGACUAUUCUUUUCACUUGGAAUAAACUCUCCCCAAUUUCUGCAUGAAUGGAUUCUACUCUCCUUCAGAACUCUCAAGUCUCCUGCCCCAAAGAGGCUUCCUUAGUCCUUUGGCUGGAUUUGGUUCCACCUUCCUUUUUUGCACCAUCACGUCUUAUGUAUCAUUCUGGCAUCUGCCAUAGGUCAUGAGAGGCCGUAGUCACUGUCCUCCCCAGGGAGCCCCUCCUAGCUGGCACCUAAUAGAUACUCAGGACGUCCAUGUUUAACCUACCAGGUCAUAGAUGAUUUUUGUCUCUCUGCCCUUUCAUAUACUGCCGUCAGAGCAGAGGCCUGAGCUGGAUAGAUGUGUGGUCUGUCCUGGAGAAUAAUUUCUUGCAUUAAGAGCUUAUUUUGUGUGAUAUUAUUUGUAAUCCCUGGCUAUGUAAAUUAAACAAUGUCUUAUAUUUGGAGAAGUUCAUAUCUGUAUGUCAAAGGAAAAUAUAAAGUUUUUUUUGGUGGGGUGAUAAAAAAAUCUUUUGAUUC